AUGCCCUCCCAACCUAGUACUGCGGGUAUUGUCACCGAUGAGAAUAGCGGCGAGCGUCACAUUCCUGAAUCUCUCAGAUCGGACGGAACUACGAGAAAGGCAAUCAAGAUUCGCCCUGGCUACCGACCUCCGGAGGAUGUUGAGGUCUACCGCAACCGAACCGCCGAGGGUUUUCGCAAUCGCGGCAAGGGCGGCGUGAUUGGCGCAGAGGGCUUGAAGGACGACAAGUCCGAUCAAUCCUCUGCUGCUGCCAACAAGAACGCCAAGCGACGGGAGGCACGCAAGAAGGCCAAAGCCGCAGGCGAGGCAGCUCCAUCAGAUACCACGGAGCCUGGUGCUGCCCAACCUGAGACGAAGCCCGAGGAGAUCGACCCUGAGGCUGAGAGGGAAAAGAAGGCUCGCAAUCUUAAGAAGAAACUCAAGCAAGCCAAAGAGCUCAAGGACAAGAAGGAGGGCGGGCAAUCCUUGCUCCCCGAGCAAAUCGCCAAGGUCAUCAAGAUCAAUGAGCUCAUUCGGGAGCUGGAUGCCCUAGGCUUUGAUGCAGAGGGCGAACCGAAGACCAAGUCUACCGAAACGGCCUCAGCCGAAAACGACGAGAGUGAACCCAAGGCACUCCCUUGA